UUUUCAUUUUCAUUUAUUUCUUGUUUAAUUAAAAAAUAUACUAAUUGGCUUGAGCAAAAACAAGAAAAAUAAUAAUUAAUAUAGACAACCGCAUUAAAACGAAAACACGCACAUUGGAUGGGGGUAACUACGUCAAAACUCAGCGAGAUGAGAGGAAAGCAUUUUUUUCUGUCACCUUUAGGCAAAGCAAAUAAUAUUUGAAGAGGAGAGAAUUUACGUCGGAGGUCGAACGCUUUUCGUUUGAAGCAUUUUAAAAAGGGAAAGAAGAGGAUAAAGGAUGUUUAUAGGGAGAUGGAGGAUGUUUGGAGGAGAAGAGGCUGUUAGGUCGAUGUUUGGGGGGAUAGGAUGUUGGGUGGGUAAGAGGCUGUUAGGAGGAUGUUUAGGGGUGAUAGGAUGUUGGGGAGAAUGGGAAGGAGGGGAGGAUGGGAAAGGGAGAAUGUUGGUGAGAAGGAUGCUGUUUGGAAGGGAAGAGGCCGUUAGGAGGAUGUUAUGGGUGAUAGGAUGUUGGAUGGGAAAGGGAGGAUAGGAAAGAGAGGAUGUUGGUGAGAAG